GAGAAUUUUAAAUUCCGGCGUACGAACUAUUCGUAUCAUAGCAAUGUAACUAUUCAUUUUUGUCUUUAAACCUAGUUCUCUAUUUUUGAUAUAAUAUCAUAUAAGUCAUUGAUUUGAAUAUUAUUUCAACUAUAAAUAUCAAAUGAAGAAUGUAUUUCCACUUUUCAGCUUUAGAAAAUAUUGCUAAAUUUGUUGAAUGGUAUCUCUAUUGAACGGUCCAAUUCCGUUUGAUCCGUGCUUUGACAAGUCUUACUAUAACCUACCUGCAACAAAAAUUCGCCCAGAAGCUACAGACUAAACUCUAAAAACAGAAGGCACAGUUGAUAUGCUCUUAAACGUUGAAGGACUUAGUUUACAUAGAGGUGGCUCUAAGCCUAAGGUUGAGCCCAAAGACCAUGUUAAGGAAAAUGUUAAGAGAAUGAGACAAAUUCAAAGGCAGGUGCAGAAGAAAGAAGAAACAAGCCGGCAACCGGUAAGAGCUUUAUGGAAAAGUGAAAAAUACGAAGGUGUACAGUCUAAAGUUCAAGAGCAAAUAAAGCAAGAACCUGACGCUCCCAGACCACACACAGCUCACUAUUUGAGAGCUCAUUCGAGAACUGGCUACUCUGAUUCCAAGGGUCCAAGACCCGCCAGCGUCGAGCCUCCAGAAGAAAAAUUAAGUGUACCAAAGGCCGAAACAGCAAGAGACGUCAAAUUAAUAAGAAGAAAUAUUGAUUUUAUUAAAGCAAAUGGUAGAAGUGUAAAAUAUUGCUCAGUUAAAAGAAGUCCAAGCUUAACUGCUCUGGACGAACUAAAGAAAAAGAAAGAAGAGGAAGUUUCAACCUAUAAGAAGGGUGUUGUUCCUAAAUAUUUAGAAAAAAGAAAAGACGAAUGGAAGAGAGAGGAAGAAGAGCGAAUUGCUAGCAUACCAGACCCUGAUCUCCCGCCAGGCCAUAGACUUUUACCUGAAGCGGAUAGACGAUCAACGCUCGAGAAAUUAAAAGAAACUGGAAUUGAUUUGAAUAAUCAAUUAGCUUGUAUGCCAGUUCGAAAUGAUACUCUUACAAUUCGACGCAAGAGAGAUGAACUUGAAAGAAAAAUCUCUGAAGUAGAAGAAGCUAUUAAGAUUUUCUCUCGCUCAAAAGUGUUCGUCAAAUUGGACUCUUAA